GAAACAUAGGUUGAUUUGAUUCGAAGAACGAGAGAAAAAAAGGAAGAAAGUGAAAAAUGGCAGCUGUUCUUGCAGGAGGAGAUGGUAUUAUCGUCUCUCGUUCUUUGACCAACAACAGGCCUUCAGGGCGCCGGUUUCGAAUCCCAAAAUGCUUAUUCAGUGCCCCGAGUUCCCAGUUCAAAUAUACGAUCUUAAAGGCCCAGGCAACUACUUUGCCUGAUCCUUACCAAGCUUCAAAUCCGCCGAUACAAUCCUUCAAGCAGUUGAUUGAAUCUCUAAUCAAUCGACAAGAUUUAUCAGAAGUGGAAGCAGAAGCCUCUCUCGAUUUUCUACUCAAAGAAGCCAAUGGAGCCCUCAUCAGCGCUUUUCUUGUUCUCUUAAGAGCCAAAGGGGAGACAUUUGAAGAAGUACAUACAACAAUUGUAGGAUUGGCGAGGGCGAUGCUCAAAUACUCUGUGAAGGUUGAAGAGGUUGGAGAUGCGGUCGAUAUUGUUGGAACAGGUGGCGAUGGGGCAAACACGGUUAACAUUUCGACCGGUGCUUCCAUUCUUGCCGCUGCUUCCGGUGCAAAUGUUGCAAAACAAGGAAACCGUUCCAGUUCUUCUGCAUGUGGAAGCGCCGAUGUGUUGGAAGCAUUGGGAGUUGUGAUCGAUCUGGAUCCUGAAGGGGUAAAGAUAUGUGUAAAGGAAGCUGGCAUUGGUUUCAUGAUAGCUCCAAGAUACCAUCCAGCAAUGAAAAUUGUUGCCCCCAUUAGGAAAACACUUAAAGUGAAGACUGUGUUCAAUAUCUUGGGCCCUAUGUUGAACCCGGCUCGGGUACCUUUUGCGGUCGUUGGCGUAUACAAUGAAGAUUUAGUAAUUAAAAUGGCCAAAGCACUACAAAAAUUUGGAAUGARAAGGGCAUUAGUUGUUCACUCAGAGGGUUUAGAUGAAAUGAGCCCCCUUGGACCUGGACUAGUCCUUGAUGUUACUCCCGAGAAGAUUGAGAAGUUCUCCUUUGAUCCAUUGGAAUUUGGUAUUCAACGCUGUAAAAUAGAGAACUUAAGAGGAGGCAACCCAGAGUAUAAUGCAGAGAUACUAAGGCGCGUACUAUCUGGAGAACAAGGAUCUAUAGCGGAUGCCUUUGUCCUAAAUGCAGCAGCAGCUCUCCUAGUAAGUGGGAAAGUAAGCAGCCUAGCUGAAGGAGUAACCCUGGCUAGCGAGACCCAACGUUCAGGAAAGGCUCUCAAAACGCUGGAAUCAUGGAUGCGCAUCUCCAAUAAGGUGAAAAAAGAAGAAACAAUGGUGAGAUGUAAUUGAAUUUCUUGUUGACUGGUUUGGUGAUGGUGGAGACAAUUGCAGCUGAAUACUGAUGCAUCAUUAAAACGAAAAUAAAUUCAAUAAAUGGAUGUGCCAGUUACCAGACCGUUGCCUUUCAUUUCAUGUUUGACAUUUAAUAAGGUGACGUGACAUCAACCCCCAACAAUAUGGACGACUUGUCUUGGCUCUUAAACAAGCGGUUAACUGUUGCCUGGGUAAACAAGCCCCAAUAAUAGUGUAAAUGAAGUUUGUUGAUUGAUCUAAAUCUUAUUGUA